CCGAAAUUGGACCGAACGCUGCGCCUCAGGAGCUGGAUAAGAAGCUUAGAAUCAUCAGUAUCUGGAGAGGAAAAGAAUGUUAAGGAAAAGCAAAUCAUUAAUUUUAAAAUACUUUCUUAAUCUCAUUAAUGGAGCUUUCUUGGUUCUUGGACUAUUACUCAUGGGAUUUGGUGCAUGGCUUUUAUUAGAUAGAAAUAUUUUUUUCAGUGCUCUAGAUGAAAAUAAUCACUUGAUAGUAUAUAUUUUUAGAAUUUUGAUUGGAACUGGAUCGGCUAUUGUUCUUCUUUUUCUCUUGGGUUAUUUGGGAAUUCACAAUGAAGUCAGAUGCCUCCUAAUUCUGUAUGCAGUACUGUUAAUGUGGGCUUUUGGUGUUCAAGUUGUACUUUCAGCAUUCAUCUUCACAAAGAAAGAGGAGGUCCACCAAGUAUGGUGGGAUGAAAUUGAUUUAGUUAUUUCUCAGUACGGAUCUAAAGAUGUGACUGAAGAUGUAUCUAAGUGGAUUAUUCUGAAUGAGCUGCAGAAAAAGUUACAGUGUUGCGGCCAAAACAAUUACACAGAUUGGAUAAAGAAUAAGAAUAAAGAAAAUUCAGAACAGGUACCAUGUUCUUGCACGAAUUCUACAGUAAGACAGUGGUUUUGCGAUGAGCCACUGAAUGCAACUUACCAGGAGGGUUGUGAAAAUAAAAUCAACACAUGGUAUCAAGCUAAUGCUUUAACAUUAAUUGAAAUUAACUUUGGACUUUUGGUUUUAGAGGUUUUGCAAGUCUCAUUAACUGUCAUUUUCUUCAGACAUAUCAAGAACAGAAUACAUGCAAAAAUGUGAUCAUUGGAUUUUAAUUUGUGCUAAAGAAACUAGUUAAUUCUCAAAAUAAGCACAAUGUAUUCUUUUAUUUCAAAAAAGUUCUGAUUUACAUUAAUGAAGUUUAGAAGUUAUUGAA